ACGGUUCUUCAAUUUAACAAACCAUCCAUUCUGUUUCUUGAAAAGAAGGUUCGAGAGCUUUGACGACACACCCCUCCCGAGGGAUCCCUCUGCGUAAUCUCACUGACACAAUCGGCCUCAGUCUCACAACUCUCACCCGCUCCCCUCCUCCAGGCGCUCUACGACUUGGCUUGGCAACAUCUCUUCCGCCUCUACUUCUACCUGCCAAAUCCUCCGUAUCGCGACAUGAGGUAGAAUUGAGCAAAGAUGACCAGCUACAUCCUCCUCUCUCUCCCCCUGAGAACCUUCGACACCGGCGACAAGGACGAGGCGAUUCAGUCGAUCGGUUCGACCGUCAAUCCCGAAAAUGGCGCCGUAACGCCCUUCCCCAUACCAGCGUUCAAAAUCGGCACGCUGGAUGCGCUGGUGCAGCAGGCGGACGAGCUGGCCAAGCUCCAUACGAACUGCGAGGGUGUCGUCCAGAGAGUGGCGGACUCGUUGAAGACGAUCCUGGACGGGGACGAGGACAAGAUCGCGCAGAAUAAAAUGGUGAACGACAAGCCUACGGAUCAGUACCUGCGAACAUUUAGCUGGAACAAGGUCAGAUACCGAUCUGACCGACCCAUGGCAGAGUUGAUCGAGACCCUGCAGAAGGAGCUCGUCAACAUCGACAAUGAUGUCAAGGGCAAAUUCAACCAGUACAACUCGGUCAAGACCAACCUUGCCGGCCUGCAACGGAAGCAGACUGGAAAUCUCACCACCAAGUCUCUCACACCGAUCGUGGAUCCUUCCCUUCUCGUCACAGACUCCGAGUACCUCGAGACGCACCUGAUCGUGGUGCCCGCCAACAGCCGUAAAGAGUUCCUCAAGAGCUAUGAGACGCUAGCGCCCAUGGUCGUGCCGCGGUCGAGCAUCGAGGUGGCCAAGGAUGAGGAGUUUGUGCUCUUCGCCGUCACGACGUUCAAGAAGACUAGCGCCGAGUUCCUGCAGAAGUGCCGCGAGUCAAAGUGGACGCCGAGACAGUACAAGUACGUCGAGGGCGGCAAGGAGGAGGAGCAGAAGGAGCUGGAACGGAUGGGACGCGAGGAGAAGAAGGUGUGGGGCGAGGCGUUGCGACUGGGCCGCACAGGCUGGUCAGAGGCCGUGAUGGUGUGGGCUCAUGUCAUGACGUUGAGGGUGUUUGUGGAGACGGUGCUGCGCUAUGGUCUCCCGUUGGAAUACACCACACCGAAACAGUCCGGCAAGAUCAAGACCUCACUGGAUUCGGCAUACUCUUACCUGGGAGGCAACGCUUUCGGCAGGGACAAGAAGGGCAGGAUCACCAAGGACGACGCGGCCCUCACUUCUGAGAUGACAGCCGCCGGCCUUGGGGGAGAAGGCAACGACUAUACGGCGUAUGUAUUCUAUGAGUUUGGGUUCCCUUAGGAACCGAAGCAGCUGCAUGAUCCGGACGGCGGUCUGUGUAUGUACUACUAGUAGUAGUAUCUUGGGAGGCUUAUAUAUACCUGUCGAUACCUCG